GACGACAGGGAGAGACAGAUGGAAAGAGAGAGUUGAAUGGACAAAGAAUAGUUUCCUUCAUCUCUCUUGCCAUGUUCCUCGAAUUAGGCUUUGCGUCGCUGUCUUUAUUCUUAUACACAUAGCUGUGAGGCCGCAGUGCAGAAGAGAAGCUUUGGGUUCUUACAUUAGUGUUACUUUGCAAUGGGAAAAGAGAGACCAGGUGGAGAGAAGCAGAAGAGGAUGGUAGUUGGGGUGGUAUGCAACUUCGCUGCUGAACUCAAGCUCUUGUUAACAGCACUCCUCCUCCUUUGCACCCUCGUUACCCUCCUCCAAUUUGUCCCUUCUCGCUUCACCAUAUCCGCCUCUGAUCUCCGCUUCUGCAUCUCGCCAAUCGCCGCCUCCCCUUCUCCCUCCCUUUCCGACACACAAUCUGAUGACCUCCUCUCUAGCGGCAUCCUACGGCGUGCAUUCCACCCCUACGGUGCUGCCGCCUAUAACUUCAUCACCAUGGGCACAUACCGGGGCGGCCCCAACACCUUUGCCAUCGUUGGCCUCGCCUCCAAGCCCCUCCAUCUCUACUCCCGCCCAGCGUACCAGUGCCAGUGGCUUCCUUCCAAUACUAAACAAAACAACACCAACAUCACUAGUAGCCUAGCUUACAAGAUUCUCCCUGACUGGGGUUAUGGCCGCGUUUAUACUGUGGUUGUGGUGAAUUGUACCUUCUCCCAUCCCGUUAACCUGGACAACUCUGGAGGGACGCUCCUUCUCCACGCCUCCACAUCUGGAGGAGGUGACUCCAAAUUCAACCUCACCGACACCAUCCCUGCCUUGACAGAACCACCCGGUACCUUCAAUCUUUCUCUCUUCACCUCCAAACCCAAGUACGAUUACCUUUACUGUGGAUCUUCCUUGUACGGGACUCUGAGUCCCCAGAGAGUGAGGGAGUGGAUAGCCUACCAUGUCAGGCUGUUCGGGGAGAGGUCUCAUUUCGUUAUACACGACGCUGGUGGGGUUCAUGAGGAAGUGUUGGAGGUUUUAAAGCCAUGGAUGGAGCUUGGCUAUGUGUCGCUUCAAGACAUAAGGGAGCAGGAGAGAUUCGAUGGGUACUACCACAACCAGUUCUUGGUGGUGAACGAUUGCUUGCACAGGUACAAGUUUAUGGCAAAGUGGAUAUUCUUCUUCGAUGUGGAUGAGUACAUCUUUGUGCCUCCCAAGACCACCCUUGGUUCUGUGCUCGAUUCCCUCUCCGACUAUUCUCAGAUCACUAUUGAGCAGAUGCCUAUGAGCAACAAGCUUUGCCACUCUGUUGAUGCUGCUAAACGUCACAGGAAAUGGGGGUUUGAGAAGCUGGUAUAUAGAGAUGUGAAAAGAGGAAUAAGGAGGGACCGGAAGUACGCAAUUCAACCACGCAACGUGUAUGCAACAGGGGUUCACAUGUCACAGAACCUAGGGGCAGGGGCCAAGACCACCCACAAGACGGAGGGCAGGAUCAAGUAUUUUCAUUAUCAUGGAACCAUUGCACAAAGACGGGAGCCAUGCCGAAACCUUGUUAAUUCUACCGACAUCAACUUUGAAAACAACCCUUUUGUUCUGGACACUACCUUGAGGGACCUUGCUGGAUCUGUGAAGAAAUUUGAGCUCAAAAUGAUUGGCUCUAGAUUAUACAACACUCGCCAAUAGUAACAGUACAUGCUGCUUCCUACAUACUAUAAUUAGUUAGAUUGUUUCUUCUUUUACUAUUUUGUGAUUAUCAUUAUCUUGGGUAGAAUGUACACUUAAAGAAAUAUUUUUAUUGGGAGGUUGGUUCAUUUUUUAUUUUUUAUUUGUAGGAUUGAUUUUUCAUAGUAUAUAUAAACCCCAGACGGUAUACGCUGAGCAUGAUAGAUAUGCUAACACGUCGCUUUAGAUGAUAAAACAGAGAAGAGUUGCAUUCUUUA